AUAUUUUUACUGGUGACAAACCGGAUUAUCCUGGGACAUAUAACAGACGUGUGCUCCUGCACCCGACACCGCCUAUCAUCCUGAUGCUAAGGCAUGCGCUCUAAAAAUAACGAGAUUGAUGUAUUACGGAGCGCAGGUUCCAAGCUUAGUGUUGCUAUGGUUGACGGUGGCUUUUUUCUGUCAAAAUAUAACAGCAGACGCAAUAAGUUCGACGACCACGGAAAGUUUUUUGUGCCCGUCGGGAUGCAUAUGUCUCUCCUCCAAACAGGUACUUUGCAACACCGGUGGAUUAAAGGAAAUUCCCACGUACCUUAAUCAAGGAAUCGAAGACUUAUCAUUGUCAAAAAAUGAUUUUUCAGUAAUUGAAUCAGACGCAUUCAAAGGCUUGCGUUACUUGCGUAAGCUGAGUUUGGACAGUAAUAAUAUAACGGUAAUUAAACCGUUCGCCUUUCGUGGAUUGACGACGUUGACUGAUCUGUCAAUCCAAUACACACCUCUGAGUUACAUUGGACAAUAUUCCUUUGCGACAUUACACAACGUCACCCUUAUUCUGCUUGCGCACAACAGAAUAAAGUACAUUGAAGAAUUUUCAUUUGCCGGAACUAGUAACAUUAAGUUGAUAUUGUUAACAAAUAAUCCGAUAGUUACAAUACAGAGUAAAGCGUUUUCAGGUCUGAAUAACGUCGAACGUCUCAUAUUCCCGUCAGGAAUAAGAACAAUCGAACCCGAUGCAUUCAACGGACUGUCGAAUGUCGGCCUGUUGAAGUUAACUUUCAUGGAUUUGACUAGUCUAUUACCAUUCACAUUUCGUGGUCUAAGUCAUGUUCAAUUACUAAACAUACAGGAAAGUGAUCUCGGUACAAUUAAACCGGAUGCAUUUACUGACUCAGAUCACAUUGAUAAUUUAUAUAUACUUAAUAAUAAAAUAGACUUUAUUGAAGAGCUUAAACUGACGAGUGAUAAUGCCAUUGGGGUAUUGAGGUUUCAAGGCAAUCACGUGUUGCGUGCGCCGAGAGCUAAAGACACUUGGCUGAAUGUACAUUCAAUUUCAGCUCAGAGCAAUUACUUUUCUUGCGACUGUCUUAUUCAUGAAUUAUUCGACAGUGAUUUUACAAACGGCUCCGUCCAUGAGUUUCGUAAAAAUAAUUACUGCAUAUCACCGAUGGAGUACAAUGGCAGUCCGAUGAGUGAAAUUGAUUUUGAUCUGAUAGCCAGGUGUCAUGAUAAAGUACUGCAAGAUAAUCUUGGCUCGAGUGCUCCAUCUUUCAUGCGACAUUUUAUAAUUAUCGUACUUUCCAUCUUCUACGCCAUCCAAUAAAUCGCUUUGCUUGAUAACACCUACAAUUUAUCAUCAAUCAUCAUCGUUGUCAUUAAAAUUAAGUUUUCAUUAUAUAUAAUAUAUAUUUGGAUACAUUUAUAGUCUAUUUAUCUAAUAAUUAUAUUUGAAUAUUGUUUUUUCGUACACUGUAAAAAAUUUUUCGACUCGGUGUAGUGUAAAUGACUCGGUAUAGAAACUUUUCUGUGAAAAUUACUCCAAAUAUCGGGUUCAAUUUACCUGGUGGGAAUUAAAAAUUUUUACACCGUCAAGCGUGUAAAUGUGGAAUUUGGGUUACUUUACGUUUAACGGGGAAACGGGUCUGAGAUACAAAAAACAGAGCAUAUUUUUGUGAUUUUUUUUUUCAGAGUACUUUCGUUAUUAAAAUUCUUAAAAUUCGUGACAUUAGUAAGCAUCAUUCCAAGAAUAUUCUGCUAAAUUUUCAUAAAAAAAUAUUGAAAAUUAAGCCGAUGGUAGUGGGGAGAGACGAGUCACCUUAAAAAAAAAAGUCUCCAUGGCGUAGGCAGGAUAACUUAUGAUUGCCUCAUCUGAAAUAAAAAAACCAAAAAGAUUUCUUUAGUACAUAAGUUUAUCUUGGAUUUUUUUUUUCAAUAGCUACUUUAUUUUUUAAUCAAACAAAAGGAGUAAUUUUUGGCAAAAAUCAGAGUUUUUUUUAUUUGAGCUUUACCAAAAAUUCAAAAAUGAAUAUUUUGUUUAUCCCUUCGUUCAAAUCCAAGAUAAACUUAUGCACUAAGGAAAUCUUUUUGGUUUUUUGAUUUCAGGUGAGGCAGUCAUGGGUUAUCCUGCCUACGGCCCGCACUGAAAAAGUAUAUAUCCAUAUAUAUUCGGGCAAAUCUGAAUAUUUGCCGCGUAUAUGAGACAUAUAUUCAAUUUUGCCCGUAUAGAUUCCGGAUAAAUACUUUUUUCGUACGGGGACAUGGAGACUUUUUUUUUAAGUGACUCAGUUCUCCCCACUACCACUGCCUUAUUUUUCAAUAUUUUUUACAGUGCAUCUAUUGCUCAUUAACUAAAAUGAUAGUAACACGCAAGGGUGUAAAAAAAGUAGAUUACACCAUUGAAAUAACACGCAUGGAUAAUUUACACCGAUGAUUUUUUACACCAUUAUUUCAAACUACAUGACCGUGUAAAGUUUUCGGGAGCUAUUUUUACACAAAAAUUUUUGACAGUGUAUGAUUAUAAAUUUUUAAUUGAUUUAGCGAUACUAUAAUAAUAAUUUUGUUAAUUAAAAUGAGUGACUUUAAAAUUAAUCAUGUUAAUAAUUUUUGACAUUAGAAAUUUUUAGAUUAUUUAUAUUUAAAUUUAUUGUUAAAAAUGGAUAUAUAUAUAUAUAUUAUAUAUAUUUUAAGUCUAGUCAAUGUGUAAAAAAAUAAUUAAAAUUGUAAAGUAACUCAUUUUAAUAAAUGUUGACUGUAAAGAAAUUAAAAAAAAUUAUUUCUUCCAAGUAUUGCUAAUUCAAUAACUGUAAUAAUUAAAUUUAGAGCUACAAAGAUAAUUUUUUUUCAUGUAAUUUAAAUAUACAAUGGCUUUAAUUUAAUGUAAUAUUAUAAAUAUAAAGUAGAGGCUCGUGCUUUUUUGCGUAAGAGAAAAUAAUAUAAAAAAUUGUAUUAUAAUCAUGAGGAUGGUCUAGAGGUACACAUCAAUAUGCUUAGCUUUGCAUUUGUAUCUAAAGAACAUUUUCAUAAUAGUUAAAUCGAGGACCACAACUCUUUUUACAAAAAACAAAAAAGUCUAAAUAAAUAAAUAAAAUAUAUAUAAAGUAUUAAAAAUGCUCGAUUUCUCUUAAGAGAUGCUACACAGUAAAAAUUUAUUCGUAUUUGUGCAAAGAAAAGAGUCUGUGUUACUAUUUACUCAGUGUUACUGUACUAACAAAUGUUAACACUUAAAGUUUAUACAAAAUUUUUUUACUGUGUAGAUUGACGCUCAUGCGACAAUUUUGUUACAUGUAGUUAUAUAAAUAAAUGAAUAAAACAAUUAAAAUU